AUGACUUCUACCACACCUGGUUCUGCAAGCUCGAAGAAAUCCUCCACCACCUUCUUCAACUUUCCACUCAGAACCCAAAUGCUGCCUCUCAAAGAACACGACGUUAACGUUCAGCAUUUGGUGAACACAGCCACGUCUCAUAUCAAGCAGUAUUAUACUGAGAAAUGGGCUGAAGCUCGUGAAGAUGUUCUUCCCUUCUUCGCUCCCACUUGGCUCACUCCUCUCGAGAAUGCCUCCUCUUGGAUCACCGGAUGGAAGCCUUCCAUGGUUUUCCGGCUGUUUCGGAGUCUCGCGACGGCGUCGUUUGACCAUAAGAUGGUCGAGCUCGCGAAGCUCUCAAGCAGGGCGGAGGGCAGCGGCACCGGGGUGGCGGCGGCGCGGGAGGUGGAAGUGGCGGUGAAGGGAGUGUUGGAUGGAUUGGAAAGGACAAUGAAGGGGGCGGAUUGCGUGAGGCUGAAGACACUGAAAGGACUGCUGGAUUUGCUGACGCCAUUGCUGUGUGUGGAGUUCUUGGCUGCAGUUCUUGCUCUGCAACUUCGUCUAAGACAAUGGGGGAAGAAGGAGAGGGGCAUGCUUCAUGUCCCCAGGUUGAAUGAGCGACGGCCAGUUACAAAUUGA